GCAUGUGUCAAAAAAAGAUUUUGUUUUUGGCACGUUUAUCGUUGGUACAUUUUUCUCCUACGUAAAAUUUGUUGUUAACAGAAAGUAAAAGAUAAUUUGGCUAGGGACUCGGAAAAUUAAUUAAUUUAAGUAAAAAUUGGUAAUUUAACUUUUGGAAGCAACAAUUUUCCCAAGGGGAUAUAAUGUCUUCAACGAAAUUAUACACAAAGGAUGCACGGAUAUGGAUCCAAGCCACAGAUCCAAGCCUUGUUUGGGAGGGUGCCGUACUCACUGCCCCCUAUACUCCAGAAUCCAAAGUAAUCCACUUAGUAACAGACGCAGGCGUCUCAAAAACAAUUCCAAUAAAAAACGAAGACACAGAUUUGCCGCCACUACGAAAUCCUGCCAUAUUGAUCGGUCAAAAUGACCUAACUGCAUUGUCGUACCUGCACGAGCCGGACGUGCUGCAUAAUCUCGAAGUCAGGUUUUGUGGCCGACAAGCCAUUUACACAUACUGCGGUAUCAUAUUGGUUGCAAUCAACCCGUAUGCCGAAUUACCACUAUAUGGACCUGACAUGAUUCGAGCGUAUCGCGGCCAUGCGAUGGGUGAAUUGGAACCGCAUAUAUUUGCUGUGGCUGAGGAAGCAUACGCUAAAUUGGAACGAGAAAAGUGUGAUCUUAGUAUUAUUGUUAGCGGAGAAUCAGGCGCCGGAAAAACCGUUUCCGCUAAAUAUGCAAUGAGAUAUUUUGCAGCCGUCGGUGGUAGUGAAUCUGAGACGCAAAUCGAAAAGAAAGUGUUGGCCAGUAGUCCGAUUAUGGAAGCAAUUGGCAAUGCUAAAACCACACGAAACGAUAAUAGUUCGAGAUUUGGUAAAUUCACGAAACUUCUGUUCACCAAUUAUUUGAAUGUAAUGUCCUUGACGGGAGCUACCAUGCAGACGUAUUUGUUGGAAAAGUCGAGAGUUGUGUUUCAAGCUCCUGGCGAACGAAAUUAUCACAUCUUUUAUCAACUGUGUUCUGCUAGAGAUCAAUGGCCGGAAUUGAUGUUGGAUCAUCAAGACAAAUUUCGAUUCCUAAAUCAGGGUAAUUCGCCAGAUAUAGCGAGGGUGUCUGACCUUGAUCAGUUUAGCGAAACAAUAGGAGCGCUGAACACACUUGGAUUUACUCAGGGCGAGGUAAACGACAUUGUCAAAGUUUUGGCUUCCAUUCUUCACCUGGGUAACAUCGAAUUUUUCCUAUCGAACAGAAAAAAUUCCAAAGAAUCCGAUAACGAUGGAUGCUCUGUCAACGCGGACGAUUUGCAUUUAAAUCUCUUCAGCGACAUUCUCAAAUUGAAUGUAGACGACCUGCAGAAGUGGUUAAUUCACAAACAAAUCGAAUCGAUGAACGAAACCGUUCUCAUUCCCAUAAACUUAUCCACGUCUGAAGCAGCUCGGGAUGCGCUUGCGAAACACAUUUACGCAAAACUGUUUCAGUACAUCGUCAAUGUGAUUAACAAGAGUUUAGUAAGCGGCAAAAAACAGAACUGUUUCAUCGGCGUGCUGGACAUUUACGGUUUUGAGACAUUCGAAACGAAUUCGUUCGAACAGUUUUGCAUCAAUUAUGCUAACGAGAAGCUGCAACAACAGUUCAACCAGCAUGUCUUCAAGUUAGAGCAGGAAGAGUAUCUCAAAGAAGGAAUCGUCUGGACUAUGAUCGAUUUUUAUGAUAAUCAGCCGUGCAUUGAUUUGAUUGAAUCCAAGCUGGGCAUUUUGGAUUUAUUGGAUGAGGAGUGUCGGAUGCCAAAGGGAUCGGACGAGUCAUGGGUUGGAAAAUUGAUAGAAAAAUGUUCCAAGUACAAACACUUCGAUAAGCCUCGAUUCGGAACGAAUUCGUUCUUCGUCAAACACUUUUCCGAUACCGUGGAGUAUGACGCAUUUAGUUUUCUGGAGAAAAACCGUGACACCGUCUCCAAGGAACUGGUCAAUUGUCUGCGAGAAUCCGAAAUGGAUUUCUUACGAAAAUUGAUGGAGCUCGACGACUGUGACGAUGGCAAACAAAAUAAAUUGAAUACGUCGCUCAGCGGACGAGUCGUGAUUAGUGCAUCAAAGUCAUUGAAUACAACGCCGGGAAGGAACAGAUCUAUGCCAUCCAGGCAACACCGCCAAUCUGUUGGUUCCCAGUUCCGAGAGAGCUUAAGUAUGCUCAUCCAAACACUUCACGCAACCACUCCGCACUAUGUCCGUUGCAUAAAACCCAACGAAGAGAAAAAGGCGUUCAAAUGGGAACCAACUAAAAUAGUUCAACAGCUGAGAGCCUGUGGCGUGCUGGAAACAGUACGAAUAUCCGCUGCUGGGUUUCCUUCUCGCUGGCAAUACGAUGAUUUCUAUGCUCGUUACCGAUUGCUCUGCAAAAGUUCGCAAAUUACUGAGUACGAUUUCAAGGAAACGUCCACCCAAAUUAUUAACAAUUGGAUUCACGACGAUGAUAAAUACCGGUUCGGCAACACGCAGAUAUUCUUUCGAGCUGGGCAAGUGGCGUUUUUGGAACAGGUCCGCCUGGACGUUCGUAAGAAAUACAUUAUUGUCGUUCAGUCCAUGGUGCGACGAUUUGUCUAUCGACACAGAUAUAACAGGCUACGCAAAUCAGUGUUGGGUAUACAAAGAUAUGCGCGGGGUUACAUGGCUAGAAGAAAGGCAGAUCAACUUCGAAAAAAUCGAGCCGCCGUUACCAUACAGCGCUAUGUCCGAGGAUGGGUCGCCCGAAACAAGUUUGUACAAGCUCGCAAAUCGGUACUCGGUAUUCAAAAGUAUGGUCGAGGUCUGCUGGCUCGUCGUAAGUUCACGGCGAACUUGGACAAUUAUAAGGCAACUCAAAUCCAACGAUUGUGCCGUGGCUAUCUAGCACGUGUGGCUUAUAAGUCUAAAUUGAGGAAGAUUAUCAUCUGCCAGUCGGCGGUGCGUCGAUUCUUGGCGAAACGAUUGUAUAAAAAGAUGAAAGCCGAAGCUCGGACCAUUUCGCACAUGCAAAAAAUGUACAAAGGCUUGGAAAACAAAAUCAUUUCGAUGCAACAGCGAAUCGACGAAUUAAACAAGGAGAAUGUCCAGCUGAAGACAAAGAACUCUGAGAUUCCUGAGCUGAAAACGAAAUUGGAAGGAAUGAAAAACAUGGAAAAUGAGUUGAAAGCCAGUCGCAUUGAGUCCGUGAAAAAAGACGAAGCUCUGGUUGCAAUGCGCCAACAAUUGGAGAAUGAACGCGAUGAGAAAAUGAAUAUUCUCGAGGACAGAGCAGUCGCUGAACAAGAGUGGGAUAGCCAGAAGCAAACGUGGAGAGUGGAAAACGAGGAGCUGAAGAAGCAAGUACACGAAAUGAUCGAAUUCGCUAAAAAGGAAGAGAAAGUCACUACUUCGCAAAAAAGUCGUCUACUUUCGGAAGUCGAUAAUAAUGAAAUCCAUCAGGCGUACCAACAUGCCAUCAAGGACAAAGAGAAUUUGGAAAGUGACAACUACAUCUUACGCAACGAGAUCGAUCGCCUUGUUCGCUUGAUUCCGAAGGGUAACAUCACACAUUCCCGUUCAAUCAGCAACGCAUCCAGCAUCAACAUUGAUGAAGACUUUGGCUAUUCAUCGUCGCGUAAUACUUUAGAAGUAAAAAGGCCGGGUCACAGUACUCCACCAACGCAUGCUGAUAGUUCGAAGGGUGAAAGUUUCCUAACUCCAGAGACAUUUGCUGCAAAAAUCAACUCAUCAACACCGACAAAGAGCUCAGAUACGGUGUUGAUUUUGAAAUUGAGGAAGCUGUUGGAUGACGAACGCCUGAAACGGAAGUCGCUGGAAAAACAAAUUUCUAGGAUAGACAAUAAGUCGAACAAGUCGAUGACGAAUGAAGAGUCUCUCAAAGCGUCCGAACUGGAAGUCGAGAAUGAAAAAUUGCGACAAGAUUAUCAGUUACUUCGCAACAGCAUCAAUCGCGGUGUGGAAAGUCAAGAGUUGGAAGCGCAAUACGUAGCUUUGCAAGACGAAAAUAAACGUCGCAGAGAUGAGUGCAUCCAAUUGAGAGCAAUAUUAGCGCAGCAAAGCCAAUCGUUACGUACGUUAGGAUCCGCCGGUAUUAAAAACGAAACUGGAAUGAAUGAAGGUGAAAUUGUUGAAGCUUUCCAAGCACAAAAGCUUGUUAACAGACAACUUGAAUCUGAGCUAUCAGCGUUGACCGAAGAAAAUAAUUUACGGUUGACCGAGCUCAAUAAAACAAUUGACGAUUUACGUAGCGAUCGCGAUAAAUUGCAGGAAAUUAUCUACGAAAAGGUCAUUCAUACCGAUGACACAAGCGUCGAAGUGCUUCAGCAAAGUGUCUCCUAUUUACGGUAUGAAUUGGAAAAGGCGUUGACUCUGUACUCCGAACAGCAGGAGCAGAUCGAUGAAUUGACACGAAAAGUGGAAGAUCUGAUUAACAAGAACAACAUUUUGUCGAAUCGAUUACGCGAGCACGGACUGGAUGAUUCGACAAAGCUGAAGGAGAACGUCAAAAGUAACUUGGCCGUCGUCAAGAAAAAGGCUCAGGUCUAUCGAGGUAUCUUCAAAUACAACGAGAAGGAUACUGAUAAGAUACUGCAGCGGUUGAUAGUUGAAUUAACGCCACGUGUAGCUAUUACACUGUUUCCUGGAUUGCCGGCCUACAUUGUGUUUAUGACCAUCAGGUACACUGAUCUGCUCAAUACUGACAAGGAUGUACGUCUUUUGCUCACAAACUUCUUGCUGAACGUGAGGAAAGUGUAUCGCUCGCCAAAUACCAGCGAAUAUCGUGUGUUGUGGCUUGUUAACACACUCAAAUUGCACAACCUUUUAAAGCAGUACGGUGGGGUUGAUGAAUACAUGUUACUGAACACCGACAGUCAAAAUCAGCAGCAACUCAAAAAUUUUGAUUUGUCCGAGUACAGGCAAGUCAUUUUGGGAGAUAUCACCGGUUUGCAUGAAAAAACCGUUCGUCAAGUUCAAGAGGUCAUGAAACCGCACAUUGUACCAGCCAUUUUGGAUCAUGAUGAGAUGGCAAGGGGCAAGAGUCAAGGUGCACGCGGUCGAUCGAUGUCGUUAAUGACACCCGAUGGCAAUCAAACUGUCGAACCGAAAUCCUUGGUCAAUCAGCUGGAAUAUUUCUACAAACAAUUUCAAUUUUUCGGCCUGGACGACGGUUACAUUGAGCAGAUUUUCAAGCAAUUACUUUACUACAUUUGUGCCAUUUCAAUAAACAAUCUGAUGCUGAGACAAGAACUUUGUAUGUGGAAGACAGGCAUGAAGAUCAGAUAUAAUGUGAGCUGCCUGGAGGAUUGGGCUCGCAAGAAGAAAAUGCCGAACGAUAUUUUACAACCUCUGCAACCUUUAAUCCAAGUGUCGUCAUUACUUCAAUCUCGCAAAUCCGAAGAGGAUGUGGACACAAUUUUCGAACUUUGUUCGGACCUAACAACUGCUCAAGUGUUACGGAUUAUUAAGUCGUACACACUGGACGACUGUGAGAAUCCGAUUCAACCCAUCUUCAUAGAGAAGUUGGAAAAGAAAUUGAACGAACGGAAUACUCAUACACCAAACGAUCUAUUCACCAUGGAGGAGAACUUUGUACAUCCGUUGAAGGUUAUUUACAAGUAUGAUUCCAUUAAAUUAGAAGAGAUCGAGCUACCAACCAUACUAAAUUUGGACGAUUUGUUGAUAAAAAUUUAAACCGAAACCAAAAUUUAAGAGUUAAACGUUAAACCGGAUUACCAGCGACAAUACAAAAGAAUCGUUUUCACAGGAUCCAAUGGAAACAUAUUUAUCGAUUUUGUGUUGUUCAUUUAUAGCUGCUCGGGUACGUAAUUGAACUAUAUUUCGUUUUCAGAAAGUGGCAAAUUUAUUGUUAUUUAGAACACAUCAGGUUCGUUGCUUUUAUUUUAUUUGUUAAUUAUAUUCGAAGAGUUAGAUCAGAGAGUUUACAUAAUUUUCAUGUUUAAUAAUUUAUCUAAAAAAGAGACCUACAACCAAUUGGGAGAACAUAUCAAUGAUCUUCAUUCCAUUCCAGUGUGCUCAAUUCGAACAGUUUUACAUUUGAAGUCAGAACUUUUAUGAAAGUUUUCCAAAUUUGACCCAUUUUGACGAGCCUUUUCCUUGAAAUUUUUGCGUAUUUCGAGUAGAGAAUUAGUCGAUGCAACGUUUGUAAAUUAUUUUUAAUCGACGUAAAUCAUUAUUCUAAACGGAAAAUUGUUCUACGGUAUGCUUCUAAAAUGCACCGAUUUUCUUUAUAAAUAUCGAAGUGGUCGACCCAUAUUUCUGAGUUCAAACUGUUUUUAGAUAUUCUGCUGAUUGAAAUGUAUCCAAUUAUAUUGCUUACCAGGGAACUCUGACAAUUUUUUUCAUAUAGCGGCUACGAAUGACCUCAGUCACAUUUCUGGCGGCUGUGGAAUGGGUAAAAAUACGUGUCGUAUUUUGCAAACAAAAUUAAUUUUGUAAAAAAAAAUCGGUACUUUUUGGAGGCAUAACAUUGAAUAAAUUUUCUCUUAGAAUUGCGUUGUUGUUAACUUACAAGAAGUUGUACCGACUAAAUAUAAGUAAAUUCACAAAGCAUUAAAAAAUCGGAUUCGUCACCAGCUUGACAAUUUUUUACAACUAACCAAUAAUUUCAUUUGAACACCCAGCCAAUAGACAGAUAUUUUCAUCAUCGGCCUUUUCAGUACUAAGUUUAACGUACUGAAAUGCAGUCAGUCAUUGGACCUAAUGAAAUUAACUAAUAUUCAUUGCACCAUUACAACGUUCUAUGAUGUCAUUGUAUCCCUAAUAACAUUUUAACAUUUUUCGCUGGAUCGCUAUACCAACCCGUUGAGUAAAACAUUGAAAAAACUUCCCCUGUAUCAAUUAUACUUAAUUCCAUUCAUGUAUUGACGAAUUUGUCCAAGGUCCAAGUAUUUCACCUGAGAAUGGCAGAAAUAUUUAAUUUUGCUCAAUUAUGCUGCGACAAUCUUUGUGUUGCCGCUUGUUCAGCUAUAUCGACCUUUCUUUAAAGAUUUUGUAAAUAUGAUGUCCCUAUCAUCCCACAAUUGCAUUUUGCCGGACCGUUUACCAUUUUCUCUGAUUAAACCUGGUGGCUUCAAAACUGAUCGGAUGUUAGUAGUACAACGGGCUUGCCAAAUAAUGUUGUCCCGUGAAUGAAGUUGUAAACAUUUUUUAAUUAUUUAAAUUGAGCUAAUACACAAAACAGCCUGAUCUUGCCAAUAGGUAAUUUUACUAAGAAAUUUUAUUUUCCCUGUUGUUUUUGCAGUGAUUAUAUUUUAAAGUUAUGAAAUAUUUAAAAAUAUUUAGUGACGACUGUAGACUUAAAGCUAGUAUUCAUUGUGGAUUUAUGAAAUAGUUGGGUGUUAUUCCAGAGCUUGUUUCAAUGAAGUGCGUACAAACGAAAAUAUUUUUUUUUUAAACAAAACAUUCCAAUUUCAUGCUUUGACAUGUUCUACUAUUGAAAGUUUUUUUCCUCUAAAAAAUUGACUUAAAGACUGAAAAGAAGUGUAGUAUUUUUCACUUUGUUAUCUUUUUCAACACAUUCCGGAAAUAAUGCAAUUUUUGUUGCCUAAUUUAAAAAAAAAAGUUUUUAAAUAAAAACCAAUAAAUAUAAAAUGAAAAAUUCUAUUUAUAAAUGUUGUUGUUAAUCUAGAAAAUAAUUUAAAGUUAAUUUAUAGAAGCUGUUAAAUUUGAAAAGAAGGAGAUGUUAUUGUGAUGUUGGAAACUCUUAGGGUGAAAAUAUUUUUUUUAAUGGAACAUUUGGCAAUUUAUCAUUGAAAGUGUUACUUAUUGAUAUAAGGACCAUUUCAGUUUAUCUAAAAAAAAUAAAAAAAAAUUUGUUGGCAUUCGGUUGUUUGUAAAUUGGAAAGAGUUGAAUUGCCCUCCGCCAAUACGAUUGCAUUUAUAAUUUCGUACAAUUAAAAUGAUUUAAAGUAUUCUUAUCAUCGUUAAGUUUUUAGUAUUAAAGAGAAAUAUUUAUAAUUAAAUGAAUUGCUGAACAUAGCAAGAAACGUAGUACUUAAUAGUAGUCACUUGCAAAUAGUCUCAAUGGCUGCAUUUUAUUAUAAUUCACAAAAAUUUCUGAUUUUUGAAGGCAGUUCAAAAUUUCGAAAAAUAUGUGCAACGUUUUGCUUUUUAAAAUUUCACUUAAGUUCAUAACGUUCAUAAAAUUACUGAACUGACUACUCUGGGCAUGACCGGCAUGACGUAUUAAUUUUACUGUACCAGAACGAGGUCAACUCGUUUCAUUUUCCUGUGUGAUUCACUUUUCAUUCCUUACAUCCUCACAUAUUGUCAAAAUUUGAGAAAAUUCGUCCUGAAAAUCUUUUCAUUUGCAUGCCUUCACCGUCUAAUUCAUUAAUCAUAUGCUUACGUUCGUAAGUAUGGAAUAAGUAUCUAAUGCUUUGAAAAGGUAUUGAACGUCGUAGCCUUGUUUGUGGCCAGUGAAACUGUAGUUUUCGACAAGCGUUUGCACAUAUUUUUAUUUGUUAUUUAACAUGAUGAUGAAAAUUUAAAUUAAAUUUACUUACAUUCAUUUCCUUUGUGGAAGUUAUUUCUACUUAAAUUGCAAUUUUAGUUAAAAGAAAUUUUUUUAAUAAAAAUAAAUUCAUAAAAUGAUAAAAGGUGAUACUUGGUUUCGCCGUGAUAGAUUUAAAAAAAAAACCCAAUACCAGAACCGCAAGUUCAUAGUGAUAAAUGGAAAGAUGUGUACUUAAAACCUAUAAUUGAAAAAGCAUAAAAUGUAUUUAAUUUAUUGACAAAAAUUGUAGGCCUAUUUAAAUAGAGAAAUUAUA